AUGCUGCCAACACUGCGCCUUUGCAAGCCCCCGAAGAAGCUGGCGCAGCUUAUGCCCUCGGAACUGGCGAUUCGAGAGGCCGCCAAGUAUGGUGAAAGCGAGGGAACUGCGUCCACAGCCGCCUCCUCCGCCUCCUUGGCAGACUUUGUCGCCCUUACGCCGGGCCAGCGGCGACGAAUGGAGCGUCGAGCGAAAAUGCAGGCGGAGCUGCAGGAGUUCCUAGCCUACCACCACUUUCCAGAUGUGCACUCGCCUUGUCAUCCAGAUCACCGUCGACCUCAGCGUCGACCCGCUGGCUGCUUCAUCUGGCGAAAGGAGGAGGUGCUCUAUCCGAUCCAUGUGGCGGCCCAGGAGGGAAGCCCCCGACUGGUGCGAGCUCUCCUGUUGGCCGGGGCGGAUCCACAGCAGCAGACGUCUCGCGGUCGCACAGCACGAUUCCUCGCGCUGCAGGCGAAUCGUGGUGGCUCUCAUGACCAAAUCAUCCUCAUGCUGAGCUUCGACACAAAAGCUGUCACUCUCCGUGACAUGGUAUUGAUGGCACACGGAGAUCUUCCUGCGGAGCAGAGAAGAAGAGGCUGA